CGCAGAGGAGCCCGUGUGCUGAAGGUUGGGGGGCGGCCUGGGGCACCCCUGCGCGCCGCAGACUGGACACGAGCUAGCUAGCUGCAGCGACCUUCGAAGGCAGUUAUCCUUUUACCCGUUUUGUGCAAAGGGGUAGAUGGAGAAACUCUGAAGUGAAACCAAGUCUGUGAGCCCUGGCACCCCCGCCCAGAGAAGAUGAAGGACAUCGACAUAGGGAAAGAGUACAUCAUCCCCAGUCCUGGCUACAGAAGCGUGAGGGAGAGAGCCGGGCCCCCCGGGCCGCACGGAGACCGCGAGGGAUCCAAGUUCAGGAGAUCGCGACCGGUGGAAUGCCAAGAUGCCUUGGAAACAGCAGCCCGAGCCGAGGGCCUUCCCCUGGAUGUCUCCAUGCAUUCUCAGCUCAGAAUCCUGGAUGAGGAACACCCCAAGGGGAAGUACCAUCAGGGCCUGAGCGCUCUGAAGCCCAUCCGGACCACUUCCAAACACCAGCACCCAGUGGACAACGCUGGACUCUUCUCCUACAUGACCUUCUCGUGGCUGUCUCCUCUGGCCCGUGUGGCCCACAAGAAGGGGGAGCUCUUGAUGGAGGACGUGUGGUCUUUGUCCAAGUACGAGUCUUCUGAUGUGAACUGCAGAAGACUAGAGAGGCUGUGGCAAGAGGAGCUGAACGGAGCCGGGCCCGACGCCGCUUCCCUGCGAAGGGUCGUGUGGACCUUCUGCCGCACCAGGCUCGUCCUGUCCAUCGUGUGCCUGUUGAUCACGCAGCUGGCUGGCUUCAGUGGACCAGCCUUCAUGGUGAAGCACCUCUUGGAGUACACGCAGGCAACAGAGUCCAACCUGCAGUACAGCUUGCUGUUAGUCCUGGGCCUCCUCCUGACAGAAAUCGUGCGGUCUUGGUCGCUCGCUCUGACUUGGGCUUUGAAUUAUCGAACUGGUGUCCGCUUGAGAGGGGCCAUCUUGACCAUGGCGUUUAAGAAGAUCCUUAAGUUAAAGAACAUUAAAGAGAAGUCGCUGGGCGAGCUCAUCAACAUCUGCUCCAACGAUGGGCACAGGAUGUUUGAGGCCGCCGCCGUGGGCAGCUUGUUGGCCGGAGGCCCCGUUGUGGCCAUCCUAGGCAUGGUUUACAGUGUAAUUAUUCUGGGACCGACUGGCCUCCUGGGAUCAGCUGUUUUUAUCCUCUUUUAUCCAGCCAUGAUGUUCGCAUCACGGCUCACUGCAUAUUUCAGGAGGAGAUGUGUGGCCGCCACAGAUGACCGUGUCCAGAAGAUGAAUGAAGUUCUCACCUACAUUAAGUUUAUCAAAAUGUAUGCCUGGGUCAAAGCGUUUUCUCAGAGCGUUCAAAAAAUCAGAGAGGAGGAGCGCCGGAUUCUGGAGAAAGCCGGCUACUUCCAGAGCAUCACUGUGGGCGUGGCUCCCAUCGUGGUGGUGAUCGCGAGCGUGGUGACGUUCUCUGUCCACAUGACGCUGGGCUUCGACCUGACAGCAGCACAGGCUUUCACAGUAGUGACUGUCUUCAAUUCCAUGACCUUUGCUUUGAAAGUAACACCGUUCUCAGUCAAGUCCCUCUCAGAAGCCUCUGUCGCAGUUGACAGAUUUAAGAGUUUGUUUCUAAUGGAAGAGGUUCACAUGAUAAAGAACAAACCAGCCAGUCCUCACAUCAAGAUAGAGAUGAAAAAUGCCACCUUGGCAUGGGACUCCUCCCACUCCAGUGUCCAGAACUCGCCCAAGCUGACCCCCAAAAUGAAAAAAGACAAGAGGGCUGCCAGGGGCAAGAAGGAGAAGGUGCGGCAGGGGCCAGAAGGGGAAGUGCGCCAGCCGCAGCGCACCGAGCACCAGGCGGUGCUGGCGGAGCAGAAGGGCCACCUCCUCCUGGACAGCGACGAGCGGCCCAGUCCUGAAGAGGACGAAGGCAGACACAUCCACCUGGGGACCCUUCGCCUGCAGAGGACGCUGUACAACAUCGACCUGGACAUCGAGGAGGGUAAGCUGGUCGGAAUCUGCGGCAGCGUGGGAAGUGGAAAAACGUCUCUCAUCUCAGCCAUCUUAGGCCAGAUGACACUUCUAGAGGGCAGUAUUGCAAUCAGUGGAACCUUCGCUUACGUGGCCCAGCAGGCCUGGAUCCUCAACGCCACUCUGAGAGACAACAUCCUCUUUGGGAAGGAGUAUGAUGAAGAAAGAUACAACUCUGUGCUGAACAGCUGCUGCCUGAGGCCUGACCUGGCCAUUCUUCCCAACAGUGACCUGACCGAGAUCGGCGAGCGCGGAGCCAACCUGAGCGGGGGACAGCGCCAGAGGGUCAGCCUCGCCCGGGCCUUGUACAGCGACAGGAGCAUCUACAUCCUGGACGACCCCCUCAGUGCCUUAGAUGCCCACGUGGGCAACCACAUCUUCAACAGUGCUAUCCGGAAGCACCUCAAGUCCAAGACGGUCCUGUUUGUCACCCACCAGUUACAGUACCUGGUUGACUGUGACGAGGUCAUCUUCAUGAAAGAGGGCUGCAUUACGGAAAGAGGUACCCAUGAGGAGCUGAUGAAUUUAAAUGGUGAUUAUGCCACCAUUUUUAAUAACCUGUUGCUGGGAGAGACGCCCCCAGUGGAGAUUAAUUCAAAAAAGGAAACCAGUGGUUCACAGAAGAAAUCACAAGACAAGGGUCCUAAAACGGGGUCCGUAAAGAAGGAGAAAGCAGUGAAGCCAGAAGAAGGGCAGCUAGUGCAGCUGGAGGAGAAGGGGCAGGGCUCCGUGCCCUGGUCGGUGUACGGGGUCUACAUCCAGGCUGCUGGGGGCCCCUUGGCGUUCCUGGUCAUCAUGGCCCUCUUCAUGCUGAACGUGGGCAGCACUGCCUUCAGCACCUGGUGGCUGAGUUACUGGAUCAAGCAAGGAAGUGGGAAUACCACGGUGACUCGAGGGAACCGGACCUCUGUGAGCGACAGCAUGAAGGACAACCCCCUCAUGCAGUACUAUGCCAGCGUCUACGCCCUCUCCAUGGCCGUCAUGCUGAUCCUGAAAGCCAUCCGCGGAGUCGCCUUUGUCAAGGGCACGCUGCGGGCCUCUUCUCGGCUCCACGACGAGCUUUUCCGAAGGAUUCUGCGGAGCCCUAUGAAGUUUUUUGACACUACCCCCACAGGGAGGAUUCUCAACCGGUUUUCCAAAGACAUGGAUGAAGUCGAUGUGCGCCUGCCCUUCCAGGCUGAGAUGUUCAUCCAGAACGUCAUCCUGGUGUUCUUCUGUGUCGGAAUGAUCGCGGGAGUCUUCCCGUGGUUCCUCGUGGCAGUGGGGCCCCUCGUCAUCCUCUUCUCAGUCCUGCACAUCGUCUCCAGGGUCCUGAUCCGAGAGCUGAAGCGUCUGGACAAUGUCACGCAGUCACCCUUCCUCUCCCACAUCACGUCCAGCAUCCAGGGCCUCGCCACCAUCCACGCCUACAGUAAAGGGCAGGAGUUUCUGCACAGGUACCAGGAGCUGUUGGAUGACAACCAGGCUCCUUUCUUCCUGUUCACAUGUGCGAUGCGGUGGCUGGCGGUGAGGCUGGACCUCAUCAGCAUUGCCCUGAUCACCACCACGGGGCUGAUGAUCGUUCUCAUGCACGGGCAGAUCCCCCCGGCCUACGCAGGUCUUGCCAUCGCUUACGCGGUCCAGUUAACGGGACUGUUCCAGUUCACCGUCCGAUUGGCGUCCGAGACAGAAGCCCGGUUCACAUCGGUGGAGAGGAUCAAUCACUACAUUAAGACUCUCUCCUUGGAAGCUCCUGCCAGAAUUAAGAACAAGGCCCCUUCCCCUGACUGGCCCCAGGAAGGAGAGGUGACCUUCGAGAAUGCGGAGAUGAGGUACCGGGAAAACCUCCCUCUGGUCCUGAAGAAAGUGUCUUUCACCAUCAAGCCCAAGGAGAAGAUUGGCAUCGUGGGACGGACAGGAUCAGGGAAGUCCUCUCUGGGGAUGGCCCUCUUCCGUCUGGUGGAGCUGUCGGGAGGCUGCAUCAAGAUCGACGGCGUGCGGAUCAGCGACAUCGGCCUGGCCGAUCUCCGGAGCAAACUCUCCAUCAUCCCUCAAGAGCCAGUGCUGUUCAGCGGCACUGUCAGGUCAAAUUUGGAUCCCUUCAACCAGUACACUGAAGACCAGAUCUGGGACGCCCUAGAAAGAACGCACAUGAAAGAAUGUAUCGCUCAACUCCCUCUGGAACUCGAAUCCGAAGUGAUGGAGAAUGGGGAGAACUUCUCAGUUGGGGAGCGGCAGCUCUUGUGCAUAGCAAGGGCCUUGCUCCGCCACUGCAAGAUUCUGAUUUUAGAUGAAGCCACGGCUGCCAUGGACACAGAGACAGACCUGCUGAUCCAGGAGACCAUCCGAGAGGCGUUCGCAGACUGCACCAUGCUCACGAUUGCCCACCGCCUGCACACGGUGCUAGGCUCUGACCGUAUCAUGGUGCUGGCCCAAGGACAGGUGGUGGAGUUUGACACCCCAUCGGUCCUCCUGUCCAAUGACAGCUCCCGGUUCUAUGCCAUGUUUGCUGCUGCGGAGAACAAGGUUGCUGUCAAGGGCUGACCCCUGCCUGCUGGCGGAGUCUUUCUUCUGGAGCAUUGCCAUUCCCUGCCUGGGGCGGGCCCCUCGUCUGUCCUGCCGGAACCUCGCCUCUCCCGGUUUUAUCUCCGCACAGCAGUUCAGGAUUGGCUUGUGUGUUUCACUUUUAGGGAGAAGCCUAUUUUGAUUAUUGUAUUUAUUCCAUAUUCAUGUAAACAAAAUCUAGUUUUUGUUCUUAAUUGCACUCUAAAAGGUUCAGGGAGCCGUUAUUAUAAAUGUAUCAGAGGCCUAUAAUGAAGCUUUAUACGUGUAGCUAUAUCUAUAUACUCCUGUACAUAGCCUAUAUUUACAGUGGAAAUGUAAGCCGUUUAUUUUAUAUUAAAACGAGCACUGUGCUAAUAGCAGUGCACACCCCUUUCUAUCGUUUUGUACCGUGUGCUGUCCUCGAGGUCUGGCUUCGCUGUGAGGGUGUGGACGGGCACCACUCACUCCCCAGCUGGCCAGUCCUCGGUGCCGGGUGUCCUGGGUGUCCAGAGCAGGACGUGGCACAGCGGGCCCUCCGGCGGCCCCUCUGCUGCCCCCACAGCGCUCCCGGGGUGGCCGGGGGGCAGCAGAGCGCCGUGAACUCUCAGGGCUCCCGCUUUCUGUCCUGUUGUCACUUACUGUUGCCGUCAGGGGAGCGCCCGUGGGCCGAGCCUCAGCCCUUCCACUCCGUCCAGCAGGGAUGAGCCAGGCGUUCCUCCGAGACGGGGAAGGGGGUGCGCGCCUGCCCUCCUCCCUUUGCUGUUCCUGAACAGGAAUCAGUCCCUCCACCGGGCCCCACUGCCUCAGGUUCCUCCCGCUGGUCCCCGCACAGCGCGCUCGGGCUCCCAGGCCUGUCGGUCCGAGACUGGAGCCCACUGCUGCUGCUUCCGGGGGUACUUUUUCAUUUGCCUGUCCCCACGCCUCCACAGUCCGUGACAGGGUUCAGGGUGUCGUGAGUCUGUUCUCCUCACCGCAGUUGUCACACAGUCUCUUUCUCUCCAAAGUCUGCGACUUCAAGCAGCUCUUGCUAAUCAGUGUCUCACACUGGCGUAGAAGUUUUUUGUACUGUAAAGAGACCUACCUCAGGUUGCUGAUGGCCGUGUGGUUCGGUGUGUUCCCGCAAACCCGCUUCGUGCUGUGGGGCCAGUAGCUCAGGUGGGCGUGGUCGCUGCUGUCAUCAGUGGAAUGGUCAGCGUUGCAUGUCGUGACCAACUAGACAUUCUGUCGCCUUAGCAUGUUUGCAGAACACCUUGUGGAAGCAAAAAUCUGAAAAAGUGAAUAAAAUUAUUUUGGAUUUUGUAAAA